AUGUCUACUGCAAGACCACGGCCAGCAGAUCUGUCGCUGCCAGCAGACGGAGGGGCCUGGCUGAAGCAACCGCACCAGGAUUCUUCUGAUCACCUCCACCACGGUCACAACUACCCUGGCCAGUCCGAACAUGGUGAUCAGCAUGACGAUCAGCAACACCAAUAUCAACAACAACAGCAGCAGCAGCAGACACCGUCCUUGCACCCGCACCAGAAACCUGUCUCGCUGCACAACGAGCCUCGCGACCAGUCCUUCGUCUACUACAACCCAAACUCGAACUCGUCGGCGUCAGACCUCACCUCGCCCCUGACCCCUACCUUUUCACACCACGGCGGCAGUCACCUGCGAUACGCCAGCUCCACCUCGUCCCUCGACCUGCAGGCAGCUGCUUCCUCGACCUGCUCCGACAGCCCCGUCUCACCAGCCCAGCCCCUCCAGCAGACCUCGCACAAUGCCAGCAGCAACACGAGCACUGCCAAGAGACUCCUGCCAGAUGUGCAGGAAGAGCCGCUCGAGCGCGACGGCGACGGAGGCCUCGACGGCGACGACGACCGCCAUUCUGCAAUGACCAUGCUCACAGACGACCAGAUGGGCAGCCUCUACGACUGUUUGUGUGACUCGCCGUGUAUCCACCAAAACUCUGACAUGGUCCACAGCGCCGACUGGUCUCACCCCGUCGACAAUGAACUGGCCUGCUUCGAAUACGACAUGGGCUUCCUGAGCGACGGCGACCAAGAUCCAACCCUCCACCCCUCCAAGCGCAAUGGCGCUGAUUCGCCCCUCUCUGGUCUCACCAUGCGACUCGGCUCGCGCUUCCCGACUCUGAACCGCUGGAGGUCGACAAAGCGGAGGCACAGGGCCUUUACGGCCGCGUCCGAGCCCUCCCUCGACCUGCCCCCCGCACUAUCCCGGGCCACCUCGACGAGCCGGUCAUCCUCCCUGUCGGCCCCCAGCCGGAAGUUUGUAGACCGGUCCAACGAGCCCCCUCUGCCGCCCACACCAGCCCUGUCCUUCUACGAGUUCGAAAGCACCGAGAGCAUACCAGCCCCUAGUGCUGUCAGCAUCGACAUCGAGAGGGCAAACGCGCGACAGAGCAUAGAGAGGGAGCGCGCCCUUGCGACCACUCCUCUACUGCCGCCGCUGAUGACUGAGGUUCCUUCAAUCAUCUCCUCGCAGACACAAUCGCGCGCACCUUCUCCCCUCCAGUCGCCCACUAUCGCGCCCCAGAUAGGCUCGGAAUUGAACUCCCCUGUCGUCUACUCGACACCGCCGCUGAGCACGAAGCCGUCUUUCUCCUCCUUUCGGCCUCCCCUCCUGACGAGCCUGUCCUCCCCAGUGGUUGCCACGAGCGACGUGGUUUGCACGAUCCCUCACCUGCUGGAACAACACGACGCCUGGUCCGACCGCCUAGGACAUGCCAACUACACCAUCCUGCCCCGGCCCUACCAUCCCGAGGCCGCAGACUUCGACACUCUUCGCACCCUCCGCGCGGACUGGGACCUGGCCAGAAUCAACUACACAAAGCACAUUGUGCGCACCGGCGAACACUAUGGCACAACCUCCAAGGCCUACGCUCUUACCGAGGCAAAGUGGGCAGAGACCGAGCGGGAAUGGAAGAACGCGCACGACAGCCUGCUCGAUCGCGUCGCUUCCCGGAACCCAGGGAGCGAAGCACAGCUCCGGUGGGACCGCCUGCAGGACGACACCCCGACGGCCAUCCCCAAGAUGCUGGACGCCGAAGGCAAAUUUCCUGAUCUGGGGGACGAGGACAUUGUUGGCCCCAUGGUACGUGACGCUGUCAUGGUCCGGGACCCGGGUUCCGAGGCAGAGAACGGCGCGAAGAAAUUCUGGAAGAACCUGGCUGGCAAGGUUGGCCUGAGGAAGUAA